AUGUCUCCAAGCUGGAAAUACCAGGCUGAUCGCUUUCGAUUCUCGAAUAGCAUCAAAGUGUCACAGCUGCUCAAAGCCGGUUCUGAAGUCGUUAAGCAAGGCGAAAAUCUGACCCUGGGUAGCUUGGAAUACUCCAUUUCGCAAAGCCUCGACGAGGAGUACCUCAAUGUUGACGCGGAACUGGGCGGUGUGGACCAGCGCAAAUUGUUUACUUUCGCCAUCGACAACAUGCCAAAGCUUGGCUACAAAGUGCGAGCACACUUGAUGAACGCCAUGGUGCCAGGUCUCGGAGAUGCACAGAAGAUGAGUUUAAGCGAGCCAAGCUCAAAGAUUAAUCUUCUCGAUACGCCAGAAGGAGUCGCCAAGAAGCUCAGGAAGGUUGUCUACGCCCCGAGACAGCUUGAAGGCAAUGGUGUCAUUGCGUUUAUAGAACACGUCAUCUUCCGCGUUGAGUCACUGAAAACUGGUGACAAGCCAAGGUUCACGGUUGAAACGCGCGAAGGAGAGAAUCUGGUCUACGACAUUUCCAAGCUCAAGGAGGAUUAUGCCAGCGACAUUUCAACACCGCAGAUUGUAAAACCUACAUUAGUCAAAACACUCAACAAGCUUUUAGACCUAAUCCGGAAAGACCUUAAAGCUGACGAUAAGUGGCAGCGCAUUGGCGAGCUGGCUUAUCUACUUAGAGAGAGAUCUUAA